AUGGCGACGUCCUGGACGCCCAGGUGCAUUCGGGUGUGGUGGUGCAUUCAGCUGCGCGACGGCUUCUUCUCCUCCUCCGACCUGUCCCGCCUCCGCCUCUCCUCGGCCCCGCCCCCUCCCCUGAAGCCCCGCCUCUCCGUCGUCUCCCCCUGGACUGACGGCCCUGCCGUCCAAUUGGGCGCCUCCGUGAAGCUCCUCCCCCCGAUGGAGGGCCUGCAGGAGUUCGUGGAGUACCUGUCCGAGUCCCUGGAACCCGAGACCCCCGUCCAGACCCUGGAGCCGCCGGCCACGCCCGGGUUUCUCAAGCUGUGGCGCCCGUGCUGCUACGUCUUCCCCUUAGGCUCCGCCUUCUUCUCCGUCAACGGCUUCAACCUAUUGGCCGACGGCGGGCCGCUGGGCCGGCCCCCCUUCUGGAAGCUGGUCCGCCACCUGGACCGGGUGGACUCGGUGCUGGUGACCCAACCUGGGCUGGCGGCCCUCCCGGGGGUCAACGCCCUUUUAAGGAGGAAGCUCGCGGAAAAAGGGGCGGGGCUUACCGAUCCCAGGGAGCUGAUAUCUCCGGAAGUGGGCGUGGUUUUUGCGAAUCUCCCCGACCAACCGGAGGAAGGGGAAGAGGAGGACCAAUCGGAGGCCAGCGACGCCCGGGAGGCGGGGCUAACGCGGCGGCUCCUGGCGGAGCUGGGAAUCGAACCGCGGCCCCUGGCCCGAGGCCCCGCCCCCCUCACGCUCUUCCACAAAGUGGGCGUCGGCCAAUUGCAGAUGCAUGUUCUAAGCCCCGCCCAACAGGAAGCAGGCGGCCCCGUCUGCGUCCUAUUGGUGUGGAGGCCGGAAAAAGGGGUGGGGCCUCAGGAGGAGCGGGUGGUCCGGGUCCUGUUCCCAGGGGGGACGCCUCAGGACCGGGUCCUGGAGGGGCUGGACCGGGUCCGGGACCUGGACUUCAUGAGGGCCGCCGAGGUCCGGGACCUGGAGACCCCCAAGACCAGGACCGGAACCGGAACCGGGACCGGGACCAAGGGGGUCAGCAAGACCGGGAGUCUGAAACCCAAGAGGGACUCAAGACCAGAACCCAAGAAGGACCUGAGACCAGAAUCAAGGAAGGACUUGAGACCAGGACCCAAAAAAGACCCGAAACCAGACCCAAAGAAGGACCCGAGACCAGAACCCAGGAAGGACUUGAGACCAGGACCAGAAUCGAAGAAGGACCCGAGACCAGAAUCCAGGAAGGACCCGAAACCGGACCUGAAGGACUACUCCAGACCGGAUCCCAAGAAGGAACUUAGACCAGGACCAGAAUCGAAGAAACCGGACCUGAAGAAGGACCUGAGACCAGAAUCCAGGAAGGACCUGAAACCGGAACCCAAGAAGGACUCGAAACUGGUCCCGAGACCAGAAUCUAAGAAAGACCUGAGACCGGAACCCAAGAGGGACCCGAGACCGGAAUCUAAGAAAAGCCCAAGACCAGAACCGAAGAAGGACUUGAGACCAGGACCAGAAUCCAAGAAAGACCUGAGACCAGAAUCCAAGACCUCGAGACCAGGACCUAAGAGGGACCCAAGACCAGAACCAAAGAGAGACCCCAAGAGUGCCAGACCAGAAUCCAAGACCCCCAAAAAGGACCCGAUCGGGACCUUAGACCAGAAUCUAAACCUGAACCAAGAAGUAAAUAAGAACCAGGAAGUAAUCCAGAGCCAGAAUCAGGAAGUAAAUCAGAACCAGGAAGUAAUCCAGAGCCAGAAUCCAGAAGUAAAUCAGAACCAGGAAGUAAUCCAGAGCCAGAAUCAGGAAGUAAAUCGGAACCAGGAAGUAAUCCAGAGCCAGAAUCAGGAAGUAAAUCGGAACCAGGAAGUAAUCCAGAGGCAGAAUCAGGAAGUAAUUCAGAACCAGGAAGUAAUCCAGAGGCAGAAUCAGGAAGUAAAUCAGAACCAGGAAGUAAAUCGGAACCAGGAAGUAAACCAGAAUCAGGACGUAAACCAGAACCAGGAAGUAAACAGCUCCCCGUCGCCAUGGCGACCGGUCCCCAACGGUAGCCCCGCCCCCUUCCACGACGUGGACGUGUGCCUGGUGUCGCCGUGCGAGUUCCUUCACCCGCCGGCCCCGCCCCCAGCGGUGGAGGAGGAGGCGGGGCUCCCGCCGGCCCCGCCCCCUGAGGCAGUGGAGCCGGACUCCGAGGCCCCGCCCCUCCCGCUGGACCUUGACCUGGACCCGCCCCCGGCGCCGCUCAAGGACCUCCCGCCUCUGCCGGCGCCGCCGGGCGCCUGCAUGGCCGACCCGGAGUCGAACCGGAGACCCGCCAGGAGGACGGCGGCGGCGGCGGCAGGCCCGGCGGCGCCGCCGGUCUACGUGGACCUGGCGUACCUCCCGAGCGGCCCGGCCGCCGCCACGGUGGACGCCGCGCUCUUCCGCCGCCUGCGCUCGCGGCAUUACGUCAUCGGAGGAGGAGGAGGAGGGGGCAGGGCCGGCAAGGAGGAGGAGGAGGAGGACGAGGACGGCGCCGCGCUGCGCCGCCUCCUGGACGCGCUGCUGGACGGCAAGGAGGACUGGCCGGACGAGGAGGUGACGGUGAUCCCCACCCGCGACAGCCCCGCCCUCCACGCCUGGUACCUGGGCUCGGCGGCGCGGCGCCGCCUGCUGGCCGUCACGCUGCUGGGCAGCAGCAGCACGGUGGCCAUGCAGGACGAGGCCUUCCCCGCCUGCAAGGUGGAGUUCUGAGCCAGGCCCCGCCCACCCCCCGUCGCCACGGCAACCGCCAUGGCAACCGCUCCCAAAGAAGCUCUUAUUUCUCUGUUUUUGAGGUGUCGGAUUUCAAUCACAGAAGAGGCUGGAGG